GCCAAAUGUCAAUCGAUGGAGGGGAACUUGGCUCAAUAAAAAUCCGUCUUUUAACAAUCACAACCUGACUCUAUUCGUUUUCCAUUGCUUCAAAGUCAUCUCUCUCGUUUAUUGACUUUGCGAUUCGAGUAAACAAUAACGGCCAUCCACCUCCACUAUCCUAUAGGCCUCUACAGUCAGUCGCAAUUAGGUUCUCGCCUGUAAACCCCAAUUCGAUAGAGAUUCUCUCAAACAAUCAAAGAAUUCACCAUGGCUCCGCACCUGGAUCCUUCGUCGCUGGCUUUGGAAUAUACAGCUGAAAACACCAUCAACACCCUGACCAGACGCGAUCUCCAGAACCCAACUCACACACAGCAAGUCACAUUGGGCAUCAUCGGCGUCUAUGUUGUGGUUAUCGCUAUCCUAUGGAACGUUCCUUACGUCCGCAUGAUCCUCUGGCCCUUCAAGAUGCUGGUCAUCGCCUUUCACGAGUUUGGCCACGCCUUUACUGCUCUCCUCACAGGUGGCCAUGUCAAGUCAAUCACUCUUGAUCCCAACGAAGGCGGCGUGACACGUUUCAUAGGCGGCAGACAAGGCCUGACACUACCCGCUGGCUAUCUCGGUUCUUCCAUCAUCGGCGCACUACUCAUCUUCUGCGGUUUCAACAUCGUCGCCAGCAAAGUCGCCAGUAUCGUGCUCGGCGUUUGCUUCCUACUAACGCUCUGGUGGGGAAAACGUGAUUGGCUUACCAUUGUGACUGUUCUUCUCGCGGUUGGACUCCUCAUCGCUUGCUGGUUCAUCGAACACGCCCAAGCGCUGCGCUUCGUCGUCCUAUUCAUUGGCGUCAUGUCUUCGUUGUACAGCGUGUGGGAUAUUUGCGACGAUCUGAUCCUGCGCAAAGUCAACGAGUCCGACGCGAGUGUUUUCGCAAAGCGAUAUGGCGGCUCAUCGCAGUGCUGGGGUGUCAUCUGGGGUAUUAUUUCGGUCCUUUUCAUGGCAGCUGGCAUUGUUGCUGGUUUGGCAGCUUUUUCGCAAUCAUUUGCCCAGCAAGAGAAGGAUUCACAGAAGUUUAUGCCUACCUAAGCCACAAGAUUGGUAAUGUUUGGUUGAGGAUAUGACCAAAACUUCAUGUUUGUUGGCUGUAUACACACGGAGGCGUGGAAUCUUCUGGAGAUUGUAGCUAGUGCAGACCUUUGGAAACGUCUCGUUAUGAUAACGAAAAUAGGUUGGGUGGCCAGGUGGUAGUUUGAGCACAACUACGUGUUACAAAUGCCCAGCGUUUAGCGGCGAGUUUGCAUUGAUACCCAUUGGAAGCCGAUUCUUCCUUACUACAGAAAUAAUCAAAUACAAUUACAUCACAAAGACCGGUCAGACCAGAUUC